UGUUGUUACAUUUUUCUGAUGGCUGUCUAAAGUCUAAACCAAAUUUACUUCUUUCAGUUCCACAAGCAAAGCCUCUUCUACAACAAUCCUCUCUUCUUCCCUUCUCUCUCUCUCUCUCUCUCUCAAGCAAGCAAGCAAGGAACAAACCAAACCAGAAGACAGAGAAAACAAAAAAACCAAACAUGUCUUCCCCAAGCAAGCGACGAGAGAUGGACUUGAUGAAACUGAUGAUGAGUGAUUACAAAGUGGAGAUGAUUAAUGAUGGAAUGCAAGAGUUUUAUGUUCAUUUUCAUGGACCAAAUGAAAGUCCUUAUCAAGGUGGUGUGUGGAAAGUAAGAGUUGAGCUACCGGAUGCUUAUCCUUAUAAGUCUCCUUCCAUUGGCUUCAUCAAUAAGAUCUAUCACCCAAAUGUUGAUGAGAUGUCAGGAUCGGUUUGUCUUGAUGUUAUUAAUCAGACAUGGAGCCCCAUGUUUGAUCUUGUCAAUGUAUUUGAGGUGUUUCUGCCACAACUCCUUUUGUAUCCAAAUCCAUCGGAUCCGUUGAAUGGAGAAGCUGCAGCGUUAAUGAUGCGUGACCGACCUACUUAUGACCAAAGGGUUAAAGAGUACUGUGAGAAAUACGCCAAGCCAGAAGACAUUGGAGCCGCAACAGAAGAGAAAUCCAGUGAUGAUGAAGAUGAGGAGCUAACUGAAGAUGAAUAUGAUUCUAGUGAUGAACAGGUGGCUGGUAAAGCAGACCCCUAACCUUGUGUAUGCAAGUCCUGUUCUCUAUGUAUUUUAUUUGUACAUGAUGUUCUAGUUAUUAUGUUGUCACCUCAUUCAAAUGAAUGUACUUGGAUGUUGGUAGGGGGAAAAUUCCCAUUGUUACUUUAUUUUCUCAAUGUAAAUAAUGUACCAUUGAUUUCAUGAUGCAAUCUUAUUUCUUGUUAACUGA